GGAGUGGUCCUCUAUUCUGCUUGUAUUUCGAGCCAAUCUACCGUGAAAAUUAAUGUUUUCUAAAUGAAAAAACAAUAAAUUCCUAAUUAAGAAAAGUACAAAGAUGUUUUCAGUGUUUUGCUUCAUUCCGAAAGUGAGCCUUCUUUUUCUCUCUCCCUUUUUCCUACUGUAAAAGCCCCAUCCAGAGUGUAUACCAACACCUUUCUUCGUUUCACAGCCCUAGAAAAAGGUAAAUAAAUAAGACAACUAUACAAAAAGAAAACGAAAACACAAAGAAAGCAAAUGCAUGGCCCCAAGUGAGUGUGUUUUAGCCCAGCAGAUCCAACUCCCAAGAGAAACAGAACCAUCUUUCCCACUUUCUUCGCCGGAAGUGUAAGGGAAUUUCACGUGUUCCCUAUGGCUCCUAAAAGGCCAUAGUUAACUGACUACAGGUAAUGGCCCUCUUCGCAACAAGCUCAUCUUCGAAAGCAAAGCCUGGAGCGCCUGCAAAGAGUCUUGCGGACUGCAGGUAUGAAGAGGAACAGGAGCUUCAGCAAGUGGCCUGGCGAUUUAUGAAAAAGCGAGAGAAGGUGAGGAAAGCGAAGGAAGAGAAGGACAGGGCCAAGGCGGAAAGGGAGCGCAUCAAGGCCGAAAAGAAGGCACUGAAGGCCCUGAAGAAGGCCAACAAAGACGCGGCUGUUCCACUCCUCGAGAGCGACUUACAGAUGGCUGGAGGCCAAGCCGGCGAAGGAACGUCAGGGACCCAAGACCCGAAGGACGGAAG